AUUGAUGUGUUAUAUAGGUCUUGUUAAUACCAAGUUAGAUGUUGCAGUUAUAACACAAGAUAUUGUUAAUCAUGUCUUGGUACUUGGAUGGCAGCGAUGAAUCUGUUCAUCGUUUGCCGAACGAAAUGUUAUUUAUUGGAAGACAGGAUUGUGAAUUAAUACUGAAGUCGAAAAGUGUAGACAAGCAACAUGCAGUAAUGAACUAUGACAUCAUACAACAAGCAUUCAGAAUCAAAGAUCUUGGAAGUCUCAAUGGGACCUUUGUCAACGAAACAAGGUUACCUGAGCAAGUGUACAUCACAAUGAAGGAGGGAGACGUCAUACGAUUCGGUUACGAUACUCAAACCUUCAUCAUUUCAAAGAAAUCAAGAACGCACCGCGAGAAGAAGUCUGAUAUCUCCAAUCAUUUAUUGAAGAAACCAAAAAAGCAAUCUUCAACAUCUUUGUCAACCACUACCUCUUCUUCAUCAGAAUCUACAGAGAAGGCCCCAUCCACCCCUUCCAAGAAAUCUGAACAAUAUUACUUUGAGAUACCAACCAAAGACACAAAGUCAAUAAGAAGUGCGAAAACCGAUGAUGAAUUGGAUAAAAUACCAACAAAAGAUAAAACGAAUAAUACGCCACCGAAACCAAGCCCAGCAUCUUUUACUAUUGAUAUAAAAGGCAACCAACAAGUUGUGAAUGGAGUAAAGAACCUUCAACAUUACGCUUCGUUACGGAAAUCAAAACAAACCAACCCCCAAGAAUCAAAGGAAACCUCCAACUCAGUGGAUAAAUGGUUUGCUUUGAAUAAACCAAACCGUGGAUUGGAUGUCACGCCGAAAAAACUAAACAACUCAGAGUCUGAUAAAAAAGCAAAAAUGUCAAAAUCAAACAGUAAAGAAAGCAUCAGUUCCAGAAAAAUCUCUCAAACAUCAGCAGUGGCCCCUAUGUUAAGUGCAUCUCCUCAAAGACCAAACAAAACACGAGGAACAAACUCAGCAACCCACAGUUUAAGAUCAAGCGGGGCGAGCAAAAAUAAAAGUGUCCUCUCAUCUGUGGAACAAGGAAAGGAUAAACUAUGCAAAGAAGGAGAUAACCAUUCAAAAUCUGAGGGGAAAAAGUCUCACAAAAGCAGUUCAUCCUCAAGCAGUAGCAGCAGCAGCAGCAGUAGCAGUAGCAGUUCAUCUUCAAAACCAAGCCACACUGGGACUUAUACCAUAGAGGGCGACAAAGAGCCAAAGAAAACAACAGGAGAUUUAGAACAGAUUGGUGGGGCGGGAACGGACGCUACUGAGUUACGAACAAAUUGGGUGAAUGAAUGGGUGAAUCAACACCAGAUACCAACUCAUCCAAUCAACACACAACCACAACCGACCGAUUCUCCAGAUGAAGACAUGAGUCGAUCGGGAUCCGAGGGUCAUCGUGUACGACGUUCGCUACCAGCUAUACCACAUAAUGCAGUGCAAGCUGCCAGGGCUGCAGCUGCUAGAUCAAGGAAAGAUUCGAACAGUUCAACAUCAUCUAAUGAUAAAAGCAAAGCAUUCUCGCAGCAAGACGACGACUUCAACGCAGAUGUUUCCCAACAACACUUAGUCAGCCAAACUUAUGCAGAUGAAGAAAACGAGUUACUUAUAAAACCAAUACCGUCCAAAAAAUCCUCAACAAAAGUUACUCCUGUUGACAACAACACAACUGAUGACGUGGGCCCUCCAUUGGUUGACAUUGUUCGCAAUUUUAAAGAAACAUCAGGAAACACUCGUCCCUCUCGACCAAGAAGACCAUUAUCCGGUAAAACUCCCAAAGAGUCCUCUCCAUCCUCACGGGAGUCCUCCACAGAGCGUAUACCUCCUCUUCUCCGUUCCAACAGUUUCACCAAGGAGAAGCCGAGCGGAGUGGUUCCGGACUCGGAGAUCCCAGAUGCAACUUGUAAGAUAUCUGAGGUUCCUCCUCUCAUCCGAUCAAACAGCUUCUCGAAACCCCAUCCAGGGAUAUCUGAGGAAUUAAUCCCAAGAAUAUCGGCCGAGAGCGAUUCUUCGAGUGUUUCCGAAGUUGAGUUACAAGACUUAUCAACUAAGGUGCUCCCAAGUUCCACCAUUCCCUCGCACCAGUUUGAUGAUUCAAGCGUUGUUAGUUUAGCCGAUGGUCACUCAGAUGACAAAUGGAAGCGUCCAAGUCCACGCAGGGCACUCAGUGAACGAAUUAAAACUUCCAAGGGCGAACCACUAAGUGCGCGGUUAAGGCUCGACCAAUCAAAAUCCAACAAAAGCCUCGCGCAACGAGCGAAAAAAACUUCCCCACAAUUGAGUCGCAGACUUAGUAGCGAUACUUUGAGCACGAAAGCGAAAAGUCGAUCUUCCACACCAAGUUCUACCUCCGCUACCACGGCAAGUAACCCUACUGUUAGUAAUCGUUCACCUCAAACAUCAAGGGGAAAGAAGCAAGAUUUCACGAGAAGAUCACUUGGCUCACAGACCUCGUCCACAACUUUAUCCUCGGACACGGAAUGUUUACGUCAAAACAAUCGCCGCUCACUGGGUGGCGUAACGCGCACAAAUUCAAACUCUGAUUGUGAAUCUUCGUUACGACUAACGAGGACUACGUUGCUGCGUCAAAACAAGGCUAAAGAUUCUGAUAAAAACAGGCCUCGCCAAGCUGAAACAACAAGCACCUCCACAACGCAACAAACAACUGAUAAGAAAAAGAAUAAAAUAACAAGUCGUAGCAGCAUGGAAAGAUUGAACGCGCUUGCUCGGCCUCCUGCACGUCGUCUGUCUCGUUGCAGCGAAACUGAAUCGUCGGACAACGAAGGUUCGCAUAAUCUACGAUCAACAAGGAAGAGGGGUACUACAACUCCUGUUUCGAGGUCACGGCGCCAGUCACGUGGCAGCGUGGCUUCAACUACAGAGACCGAUGGCAGUAGUGCGCUUGCCACGCAACGGACAACUACAAGUCUCGGGGCAAGGAUAGUUCGGAAAAGUCGAACUCCAGAUAAUAGACUCACCAGGUCAGGAAGUUUAGACCGAGCAACUUACAGAUCCCGUAAGUUUGAAUCCCGUCGCAAGUCAACCACACCUCAUGUAUAUUCUGACUGCGUGUCAACCUCAGAAUCUGAGUACGAUGGCCAACUUGAUUCCAAUAACAACAUGCCAACCAGUGCCAGUAUAACUACUGAUACAACUGAUGACACAUACACAUACAACAGGUCCCCACCCGAUGGUGAAAUGAGCGAUGAGAUAGCUCGUGCAAGUCACGAUCUCGCUCGAGAUUUGAGGAUCUUGACUUCAAAACCACUUGACGACCUCGAUUCCACUCUGACGUCAUCAACCAUGAUGACGUCAUCAUCAGUUAUAACAGGAGCAUCCGAAGUCGAUAGUUUAGAUAUCUCAGUUCAGCCGACGAUGGUUAUUCCGUCACCUCCUGCUGUAAAAACCGACGCGAAAGGACAGAGAAAAACUUGGUCGAAUGGUGGCGCCCUUGAUGCGUUGAUGUUGUCCAAUGUCUGUGCGCUCACCGAACGUUUAUGCGCCGUUGCCGACUCGCUUACGGGGAAGAUAGGAUACCUACAUGGUCGUUCGUCUCCGUAUGAAGUAACCAGAUCCAAAGUCCCGCUGCUGCAGCAAACAUCCAGUCAGGAGAUGGCGCUAGUGGUCAACAAUCUACGUCACGUUGAAAUGCAACUGACGCGAGCUGACGAUAUCGUCGACCCUGACAAGAAGCUGCAAGAUUUGUUGCGACCAUAAAGUAGUUGCUUGCUUAGAAACAACUAGUUGCACUUAAGUUACCACUAUAGCGUAGUCAGCCGCAGUAUUCUAAUUGAACUUCUUAUCCAAGGCGUGCCUUUACUUCUACAUGCACACUACUAAGCACUGUUACUAAUUACAAAGAAAAUAGUUUUCGUAAACCUGGUGCCUUAAUACAACAUUCACGUUGUAACAGCAAGUGCCAACUGAAGAUACCACUGUGUUUUCUCACGUUUCUAAUCCAUUUACUGUAAUAUACGAACUAAUAAGACUUAUUAAUAUUUAUUGCAAAUUUAUGCUUUAUAAACCGUUGAUAAAUUUCUCAUUAAUAUGUAGUAGGAGGGGCAAAAUGGGACAUCUUUAGCACAUAAUUUCCAAAUAUCCUGAACAUGUCUAAACAAUUAACAACGGUCUAUAUGGGAGUCGUAGAAAAACAGAUCUACAAUUCAUUGAAUUUUGUUUGUUUACUACAAAAUGCCACGAGAAAUUUGAAUAAAAAGGUGUCCCAUUUUACCCCAACCCACUAUAUUGUUUUUUCGAUUUGGGGUUCUGCAAAUAAAACACAAAUCCAUAUCCUGGCAGUUCUGGUUCCAUGA